AUGAUUAUCCAGACAUUCCAUUUUAUGAUGUAGUUGAGGAUCCUGAAGGAAAAGAGAUUGCGGGAGGAUUAUUUAAUGAACCUGAUAUAGAUAUAGAUUUUGAGGUUUUUUCUAAAGAGAUGCUACCUAAUUUUCAAUUUCAUAAAAAAAUGAAAAUGUCCGAGGACAAUGCCGUAAAAGGCAGGAAGCUUUUGAAAACGCGCACAUUGAGCAAACUUGGUGGCAUUGCGUAUGAAAGCAAUGCACGAAGAAAUCUUGGAGGGGGUAAAACAUACCAAAAAAAUGAAUUUCGUAGCAUACAUAACAAUCGAAAAGCGAAUACCAGCCGUCCACCCUCAGUGCACGUAGAUGAUUUUAUGUCUGGAAAAAUUCCAGCGAACCAGCAACAUCCAGACAUGAUGACUCCAACAUCUGCAGCUACAACAUCUUAUAUUGAAUUCGAACGACGGAUGGAUGGCCAACGUGAUUAUACCCGUUACGACAACCAAACCAUGCGCACGGGUUAUUACGAUAGUCAAUAUUAUGGCAUUCCAUCGCCGAUGACGCCUUACGACCGUCCACCUGUACCACAAUCCGCACCAGGAAUAGGUCCUAGAAUCAAAGGGGGGGGCGAAAAUAGAGGACGAACGAUUCCACAAGAAUGGCCUCCACGAUCUGUUACCUCUCAACCAGCACGACGACCUGAGCGUCCGUUUG